AGGUCAAAUACAGGCCAGCUUGAUACAAAUGUAGACACUUUAUCAUGUACUUAUGGGAUGAUGUAAGAAAGAAAAAAAUGUAUCUUUAGGAAACUUAUUUUUUUGGCUUAAUUCUCACGCGCUCAAAGAUAUCUGGAAUAAAAUUGAAAGAUUCAAGAUUGAAACGGACACGCGAUGUGAUAUCUGGAUAUAAGGAAAAUGUGCUUACUGUUUAGAUAAUUACUUUUAUUUGAAAAAAAAGUUUUAACCUCAACAUCGAAUAAAAACAUUUCAACAUUACUGUGGUUAGUAGAAAAACAACAACGACAAGAGCACCUGAAUAAACAUGGACAAUGCUAGUUUUAUAUCGUAUUAUUAUACCAUUUAAGUUAAUUUAAUAUAUUGAAGGAUAUAACAAACAUUGAUAUAUUAAUCAUCCCAUAAAGAUAAGCUUUUAAUUUAUGGUAUUUCAUUGAGACAUUUGUUGAAACCCCACCGAUAGCAGGAAAUGAUAAAUAUCGAAAUAAAUGUAUGUUUAUAGGUAAUUAUCAUGUUUACUAUUCUAUUUGUCAGUAUUAUCUAUAUAUCUAUGACUUAAGAUUGGAUCACCGGCAAUGUCAAUUUAACAUUCGUGUAUUGUAUUUAAGAAGUCUUUAAACGUUGUUGAAUACAACGUCUAUUAUUACACUAAUAGCAAACUAAUUAUCUAAAAUAAGUGGUUGUAACUUGAUCCGAGCAAUAACAAAGAUUGAAAAGUUUAUAUAUAUUAAUACUUUAUUGGAUAUCUUUAUUUAAAAAAUCGGCCUUAAACAAAAGACUAGUUGUUAUGUUACACUUACCAUGUGUUAAUUUUGGUUGCAUUCCUAACAUGUCGUAAUUUAUGUGAAUUUACAAAAAGGAGAUCGUUUUUAAAAGUGCUUAAUUAAAAUGAAAUGAAAGUGUUGAAAUGGUAAAGUCAUAGUUAACAUGUUUGACGCAAAGCUUUCAUUUUAAAUGUACGAAGUAUUCAUCAGAUAUUAUAAAAUAAAUGGAUAUAGACGCAUUCUUGCAAAAUAUUCCUCAAGAUGAUGGACAAGUUGACAAUUAUACAGUGAGUGAAAUUUAUAACACCAUAUGCAGCCAUCAUGAGGAAUUACAAUUUAACCAAGGACAAUUCUGGGAUGGAAAACCUAAGUACCAACAAGAGACGGUUUCUUGAAAACUGGCGACAGAAUGUCAGCGUGUUUAUGGAGAAUGGAAACAUCUGCCGGGUAACCGUCGGUGAAGUGACGCCGGAACCUUAUGGCGACACAACUAAAUGGCAAAACGCCGAAAAUAUGAAAGCACUGACGGGCGAAAUGAGUCCAAGAGGAGAAAUGGCAAGCCCAACUCUACCCUCUGUAAAAUUUUCAUACAGCCAUGGCCAAGAAGAGCUUGCUAAACAAAACAAUAGAAUUAGAAGUGACCGAUCUAGAGAUUCUCUAAGUCAAGCUCGAACGACCCUACCACCGUCGCCAAAUGGUGUUGUAGUUCAAAACGGAAUGGACCUUCACACCGCUUACAAACGUAGAACGUCAUCCAUGAAAGCAAAUAACAAAAUUGCAGUGAACAAAGAACUUCCAGAAGUUACUGACAAUAAAGACACCACGCGAAAAAGUACUAGAUUAGCAAGAGAGAUUUAUGAAAAAUACAACAUGAAAUCAAAAACGCACAAUGCUUUGCCAGGGAAACAUACAUACAAUGGAUUCGAACAAUAUUCAAUGCCGUGGCGGAACAAAACGUUUCUUUCCUUACCUUUACGGUUCAACGGCUCUACAAAUAUGGGCGCAAGAAGAGAAAAGACAUACAUUUCAGAAAUGAAGUAUGAUGCAGACGAUUUCGACGAAGAAAUAAACUUCACAAGUGAUUGGAAAGACCAUGCACAUUGGUGACCAAAUCUUAUAGUAAAGAACUGUAUCUGAAUUCAUUUAUAAAAAAAUGCCAUCACUAAACGAUUUACACAAUCCUUUGAAUUGUUAUAACUAUAUAUGUGUGAAUACAUAUCAAAUUAAAAUAAUCAAAUUAAUUGAAUGUUCAAACUAAAAAUACAUGAUUUAAAUUAUUUCUAAUUAUUCGUAUGCACAUUUUUUUUGUGCGAAAAAAACGUUUCCGAAUCUCUAUUGAACGGUUUUCUUUCUAAAACCUAACUAUUAUAACUUUUGAUAAAUGAAAGGGCAGCAAAAUCCGAACACUCUCCUUUGAUAUGCAAAUAUUUUAGAAAAAAGCACUACUUAGCAAAUGAUUAUUCAGUACUUUACAUAAUUUACUGUGACGGUCAUUUCGCUUUAACAGGGCACCAAGAAAUUCAUACAAAUCAGUCGAUUGUACAUACGUAUUAUACAAUUUUGAUCAUUCAAUACUUCAUCGCCGCAUCAAUUGUACGUUUAGGAAUAGUUUUCACAUACACUUAAUUUUGAAUAUCGAAAAAAAUCAUUGCAAAUAUGCAGUACGUAAAUCGAUUGAUUAAUUGAUUGAAUAGUUUGUUGAUUGAUUGUUUAAGACAGAUUUAAAACCUGGCAAUUAUGUUUUAUUAUCAUUGGCAUAUUGGUGCAUUUAUAUUUAUUUACAGCUUACAGUAUUUUGUAUUCGUAACAACAAACUGUUGACCGAUUAAACUGCAAAUGAAAUAACACGCUGUAAUCUAAAAGUGCAUUAAUCCUAACGAAUCAAUAUUUCAAAAGAUAUCGACUUUACAAAACAACUAUUGAAUACAUUGUACUUCUAAAUGAUAUUACACAUGUAUCAAAAA